AUGGAUGCUAGCGUGGCAGUACUACUGUGUCCUAUUACUGAUAGGUGGCGCACAUGUCGCAGGCCAGUCCAGAGAACGUUAAUCAAGAUGGCAGACAACAGUGUUGGUGCGUGCAUGGAACAGCGUGUGGUGAUGAAGUUUUUUUGUGAAUGAAGGCGUAAAAACCUGCGGAUAUCUACAGAAGACUUCAAGCACAGUACGGUGAUGAGACGCUCAGCUGCAGUAAGAUAUUUGAAUGGUAUAAACAAGAUGGCCAUACGUCCGUCAGUGAUUCCCAGCC